CAGGUAUCACCGAGAGCGGGAACACAGCCGGAACCAGAGCCGAACCGAACCGAACCGAGCCGGACACCGAGAGCGGGAUCCCAUCCAUCCAGCCGGGCAGCGCGUGUUCUCGCCGUAUUUACUCUCCUGUUAUCGCGGUCUCGCGGUGAUGGCGAACUCCGGGCUGCAGUUGCUGGGCUUUGUGAUGGCCAUUCUGGGCUGGGUCGGGCUGAUCGCGGCCACCAUCAUGCCCCAAUGGAGGAUGUCUUCCUAUGCCGGGGACAACAUCAUCACCGCCGUGGCCAUCUACCAGGGGCUGUGGAUGUCCUGUGCGACCCAGAGCACCGGCCAGAUCCAGUGCAAGGUGUACGACUCGAUCCUGCAGCUGGACGCGGCUCUUCAGGCAACUCGUGCCCUUAUGGUUGUGUCAAUCGUGGUAGGAAUAUGCGGAAUUGCAGUCUCCACCAUGGGCAUGAAAUGCACAAAAUGUGGCGGUGACGACAAGGUCAAGAAGGCUCGAAUUGCAAUGACUGGUGGCUUUGUCUUCCUGCUUGCAGGUUUGGCUGCACUCAUUGCUUGUUCCUGGUACGGGAAUCAGAUUAUCCGUGAUUUCUACAACCCACUUACCCCCAUUAACACAAAGUAUGAGUUCGGAGCUGGCGUCUUCCUAGGAUGGGCAGGAUCCAUGCUGGUUAUUCUUGGUGGUGCUCUUUUGGCCUGUUCAUGUCCUCGCCGAAACACAUACAGUGCCAAAGGCUACCCGAAGAGCGGCGCACGGUCAAAGGCACCCUCCACUGGCAAAGAAUAUGUUUGACUCCCCUUGCCCUUGUUACUGGUCAUGGAAGAAGCCCCCAUCUCCCAUCCUGUCUGUACCCCAAUAUGUACAGAGCGGUUAACUGAGUGCAGCGUGCUAUGCAUGCCACCUAAACUGUGUACAUGGAUGCUCUGUCAAUGGCGGCUUUUUUAACCCAGGCUGUGGGUGGGCAUCACAUGCUGUAAAAUAUUAACUAUAUUUGGAUGUAUAUUAUUUGUUUUCUAUGAAGCAAACAUGACACUUUUUAUAGCACAAAUAAUCUGCAGAGCCCUAUGGAGGCACUGCGGAGGCAGGUUAAACUAGAUUAUGAAUAUUUUAGCAUGUAUAUGACGGAAUUUUUGUCUUGUUUUGUAAAUAAAUGUUUUUGGAAGAUA